UGACUCUCUGUCAAAUAAAUCGGCAGCCUUCGGCCCCGUGGCUCUCCAGCCUUAAAAUGAUUUCCAAAAACCCGUAAAAUUUGUCGUUAGAAAAUAAGGAAACAUAUACACAUUUGGCAAUUCACCAAAUCUUCCUAGUGUCUUAAUCAUCGGGUCGAUGUCCAAUAAAAUGAUUGUUGCUGUCGCGAUCGAGGAACGGAAAAUUCGCGGCUGGGAGGCAGGGGAACGAUGGAUCAAUCGGGGGAAGUGGUAACAAUUUUCAUAGGACAGGCCGGAGCUCAAUUAGCGAUGGCCUGUUGGGAGCUGUUCUGCUUGGAACACGGUCUUUUGCCAAACGGUUGCAUCUGUCCGGGCUACUACCCUCAAGAAUCUUCGGUUUGCACGUUCUUCGCGCAGCUGAAUCAGAGACAAAUGACUCCGCACACGGUGAUCGUCGAUCUCGAGCCCACGGUGAUCGACGAGAUUAGAACCGGCCCGUACUGCAAGCUGUUCGAUCAGCAGUCGUUGAUUUCCGGGAAAGAGGAUGCUGCGAACAAUUUUGCGCUGGGCUACGGACCCAUUGGCUGCGAGAUGUUAGAUAUGGUGGUGAAUCGUGUUUGCAGGAUUUGGGAACGGUGCUCGAAACCGACUGGAUUCAUCGUAUUUAGGUCGCUGAGCGGCGGAACCGGCGGCGGAUUCGGCAGUAUGCUCUUAGAACGCCUGACAUGCGAUUUCCCGAAGCACGUCACAGUUGACUUCACGAUCUGCCCCGCUCCGAAUUUGUCAUCCGUCAUCGUCGAGCCUUACAACGCUGUUUUAGCAACGCAUGUUAGCGUGGAUCACGUGGACUGCUGUUUCCUCGCCGAUAACGAGGCUCUGUACAGCAUCUGCGGAAAGAACUUGGAGCUGGAAGACGCCGAGUACACGAACCUGAACAGGAUUCUAGCUCAAGUGAUCUCCAGCAUGACGGCCUCGAUUAGGUUCCAAGGCUCCGUGAACUUGAAUCUGAACGAGAUGCAGACGAACCUGGUGCCAUUCCCUCGGAUUCACUAUUGUCUUUCCACGUGCGCUCCAUUGAUCAAUCCUAGGAGAGCCUUCCAUUCGGAAAUUACCACGCAGGAGAUCACUCAGGACUGUUUCGAGCCCUCUAAUCAGAUGAUAAAAUGCGAUCCGCGGACCGGUGCUUACACCAGCUGCUGUCUUCUCUACCGUGGCGAAGUCAGUCCAAGCGAUGUCAACAGCGCGAUCGCGUCUCUGAAAGGGAAAAAGUCCAUUCAGUUCGUCGACUGGGUUCCGACCGGGUUCAAGGUAGGAAUCAAUCAUCAGCCGACGAUGUCGGUUCCCGGCGGAGACAUAGCGAACACGAAAAGAACGGUCACGAUGCUGAGCAACAACACCGCCGUCAAAGAAACGUGGGCGACGCUGUUGCGGAAAUUCGACAUGAUGUACGAGAAGAAAGCCUACCUGCAUCACUAUAUCGGAGACAAGUUGGAGGAAAGCUUUUUCCAAGAAGCUCGGGAGAACGUAUCGACAUUGAUCGACAAUUACAAGGAGGUCGAGAAAUGAAGGACGUCUGUUCCGAUGAUAACCGGUCUCCUGUCGUUGUUGCAAAAAGCCUCGAAGCUACCGUCGAGAAGACACCUAGACUGAAAUAUCCUGGCAUUGAUCUCUCAUCGCGAACGAUUGAGAAGUUUGCCGAGUCUGGAUCAUCGUUGACAGCGAUUUAACAUCGAACGCCGACAACUUUGCAUCGAGAUCAAGAUGAUUACAGUGUCCGAGAUGACGAAGGCCCCGGAGAUCCUUCAAAUUCAAACUUUUUGGUACGAGGUUUGAUCGCGGAAGUAAAAGAUCGAGACGAUCGAGCGAGAUUAAGAAGAAUCUGCGGGCGAUAAGGAGGCUGUCGGUGGCAGACUCUGCGGCACCAGCGGCGCGAUUUGAACGCGCCUGUUCCACGCUUCGUUCCCAUCGUUUGGCAGCGGCCGCGCGAGCCCGAUGAUAACGUUAAUGAUAACGAGCACUCCCCGCGCGGGAGCUUGCUCGCGCUCGCAACCACGCGUUCUCCUCGAGCUAGCGAACAAUAACGGUGUCCUGGGCUCUCACGUAACACCGUGCAUCUGAUAAGGAGCCUUCGGCGACUGGCUAAUUCACGGUGAUAACGGUGCGUCACCUGCUUUGUUCUCGAAAUAAUUGGAACCGUAUCUCCGGCAUCGAGAUACCCGCGUGCUCAAUGGAUUUCUCGCGGAGGGCCGGCUGACAACUGAAACGAGAAAUUACGUUACAGAAAAGGCCGAUUAAAAUUAUCCCGGAAGAAAGCGACGGGAAAGUGUGGCGCGACAAUAGAGAACCAGAAUCGAGAAGGAGAACUGAUAGCUGGAUAUAAUUGUACUUAGAAUUGUAUCGUUUGUUUCAUACGUUUCGAUCUCGAGAUUGUUAUCAUCUUUAUAAAUUUAAUUGGAUAAAAGGCUCUUUAUAUCCAUGUUUUGAAAUGACCAUAAUUGCAUGAAUCGCUCGUUCGGGACACAGGCGAUGUUUGGCAUGGUUCGCUGCUUUUUUUGCUACUCGGCGAUAAGACUAGAGAAUAAAAUUUGGCAGAAGUAGAAACGAA